AUGCAGCUGCCAAGCCAGAGUAUUCUUCAGAAUACAAAACCGGCCGUGGCUGUGCCGGCUCUGCUUCUUCUAAGCCUUUUUGGGUACCUAUUAUGGAGCGCCAUUUACAACCUGUUCUUCCAUCCCCUCAAGCGCUUUCCCGGGCCCAAGUCUUGGGCAAUCAGCCGUAUCCCAUACACGAGAAGCUACCUUUCUGGAAGCGCCCACAAGAAGUUCCACAAGCUUCACCAGAAAUACGGCCCUGUUGUCCGCGUAGCCCCGGACGAGUUGUCCUUCACCUCGGCAGAAGCAUGGAAAGAAAUCAUGGGCCACCGCAAGGGCUCCAGUGAUGAGAAUGCUAAAGACGUCACCUUUUCGGCCGGCUGGGAGAACACCAUUUUGGGGGCCAACCACGAGGACCACAGGCGCUAUCGCCGAAUCCUUUCCAAUGGCUUCUCGGCCAAAGCCAUGCAAGACCAACAGCCUAUGAUGAUGAAGUAUGUUGACCUGCUGUUACAGCGACUUCACGAGCAGUGCGAGGAUGGCACAAAGGCGCUAGACUUGGUUUCCUGGUACAACUUUACAACCUUCGACAUCAUUGGCGAUCUCGCCUUCGGAGAAUCUUUCGGCUGCCUCGACAACUCCAACUACCAUCCAUGGGUAUCUUUGAUCUUCCAGUCCGUCAAGGCAGGCUCCUUCAUGACGUCGAUGAGACGACUGGGACGUGGUUUUGAAGUAGCCCUGAACCGGCUCAUUCCCCGUCAGCUGCUCCAGAAAAGGGAGCAGCAUAUGCAGUUAGUGCGAGAAAAGGUUGCUCAGCGACUGGCCGCCGACAACGAUCGACCCGACUUCAUGGACACCAUGAUUCGCAAGGAGGGCGCCCUGAAAAUGUCCUCAGAUGAAAUCCGGGCCCAUGCCAACGUUCUCAUCUUGGCUGGAUCUGAAACAACUGCCACAACCCUGUCUGGCACGACAUAUCUUUUGUGCAUGCAUCCCACCAUUCUUAGCAAGCUCGAGACUGAGGUUCGCACUGUCUUCAAGAGCGAGAGCGAGAUCGACCUGUUCAGCGUCCAGAAACUGCCGUAUAUGCUGGCGGUCCUAGACGAGGCGAUGCGAGUAUAUCCACCAGUACCAACCGCCAUUCCACGGACAACACCCCCCAGCGGGAACACCAUACUAGGCGAAUAUCUCCCCGGCAAUUUGGGAAUCUGGCAGUGGGCCAUGAACCGUGACUCGAACAACUUCACCGACCCCGAGACUUUUAUUCCCGAACGCUGGCUUGGCGACCCAAGAUUCGCCAAUGACAAGACCGACGCCCUGCAGCCGUUCUCCUUUGGGCCACGUAACUGCAUAGGGAAGAACCUUGCCUACGCGGAAAGUAGACUAAUUCUUGCCCGGAUGAUCUGGAACUUUGAUCUCAAGAUCGCAGAUGACAGCAGGAGAUGGAUCGAAGACAGCGAGAUGUACAUGAUUUGGCAGAAAGACCCUCUCCACGUUUACCUUACACCGAGAAAGUUUGAAGGAAGUGAGUAA